AUGGGCAUGUUUGCUCAUUACUCUCAAUGGAUUGCUUCGUUCUCAGAAAAGAUACAUCCAUUGACACAAGUAGAGACGUUUCCUCUGUCCCAUCAAGCCGUUGAGGGCAUUCGAGGGACUGAAAAAGGAUAUUGCGAAAUCUGCAAUUACAACAAUAGACCAAAAUAUUCCUCUGACAUAUCGGCUGCUGCAAUUAUACAAUGCCUCUGCUCACUGUUCGCCAUCUUUGGAGCCCCUGCCUAUAUACAUUCGGACCGAGGGGCUUCUUUCAUGUCAGAGCAGCUUCGGCAAUUUCUACAGGAACGAGGAGUAGCUAUAAGCCGGACAACUCCCUACAACCCUAAGGGUAACGGCCAAUGCGAAAGAUAUAACGGCAUUAUUUGGAAGACCGUUCAAUUGGCUGCCUCAAAUAACGGAUGUUCAAUUGAUAAUUGGGAAAAUCUCCUUCCUGUCGCAUUAUACGCCAUUCGUUCCCUAUUGUGUACCGCCACGAAUGCCACCCCACACGAAAGGUUUCUACCUUUUCAGCGACGGAGUUCGGCGGGAGCUUCGCUUCCAUCUUGGCUCUCUCGACCCGGUACUGUGUUUCUGAGACGACAUGCACGUUACACCAAGAACGAUCCCUUGGUGGACGAGGUAGAGCUUAUAGAGGCGAACCCUCGGUACGCGCUAGGACCUAGCACCGGCCGGAGACGUACCGGAUCGUGGAUAGCCCCUGAGGACAGACCAACUACCCCUGACACUGAAGCCCCUCCGGAAGAUCAUGACACUGAAAUUGUUCCUGUCUCCGUUGAGGCCCCGUCAGACACUUCGGAUGGGCCAACACCUGAAACCCUGACAGAUGAAGGGUUAGCACCGAAUAAACGUGUUCAUCCAGAGACUGACUCUGACGCGGAACGGCCUGCUCCUCUGAGAAGGAAACAUUUCGGAGCAAGGUAUUUUAGAGUCCACAGACAGGCUCGCACUGAAGAGCCUCCCUGUUCGAGUACUCCGACCACGAAUCAUGGACUGAUGAGGCGGCCACUACGAACUCGUGGGGAGCCUGGACAUUUAAGGGACUUUCUUCCCUAUCAGUGA